AUGACGGUAAAACACGGUCACGACUGCCUCGGUGGCGCUUUGGAAAUCGUUCCAGACGCCCUGCUCUCUCGCGAGACCAACCUGAGCAGCGCGCUGGCUUCCCUCGUCGGCAAGAUCGAUGGCAAGUCGCUUCCUCAAAGCCCCUUCGCAGCCCGUAACUGCUCCGCCCCGAUUUUCCGAGCAAACCCGAGCUGACCCUCUACGCUGUCCAUCACUGUGCUCCACUCAGUCGCCAUCAUCGACGGCGCUACCGCGUUCGCACGUCAGCGCCAUGCCGCGACGGACCGGGCGCAACACAACGAGCCGAAGCGAGGCCGGCUGUUCCUCAAUGCGAUCAUUCGACACCUCGAGGUAAUCAUUGCAGCGACGGCAAGGCGGAUCCAAGUGGUCGUGGUAUUUGAUCAUCCCAUCCUUCGGCCCAAGCUCAAGCAGGACACCGUGCUCGAUCGCCAAGAUCGCCAGAAACCGCAAGAGCCUUCCGAUAAAUCGACCCCUGUCACCCACCCCGUCCCCUUCAUCACGAACGACACCCUCGCCGCGUGCGUUCACGGACGAUCGAGCAAAGAAUGGGAGGUCGCUUUUCGCCACGGUGACGAGCCAACCCGAGUCGCCACCUUUGUUCGCUGGUCCGAGCAAGGCUUGCUCGUCGUCGCGGCCCACGAGGCCGAUCCCCUCGUCUCGGCGUCGACCAAGUUUGGCCAGAUCUGCGACGUUGCGCUCGAACCCAACCGCGUCGUCCUCGUGAGCGCCGACAGCGACUUUUUCGUGCUUCUCGGCGCCGACCAGGCCCGCUAUCGCGCCGUGCUAUCGGGCAAGGACCAAAACAUUAGCUUGGUGGACCUUGCCGUACUCGACGCUCACCCCACGGUGUGGAAUUCUCGUCAGCGAUUCGUCGCGAGCCUCAUCCUCGGGUGUGACUAUUUUAGGGGCAUCAAAGGGGUCGGGCCUGGGGGACUUAGAGACCUGCCUGGGCAGUGGUUGGACGAGGCGACGUGGCAGAGUGGCUGGGAUGGCGCCGCGGGGGCGUUGAUCAGGAACGUCGACUCGGGGCCGGCGCCGACGGAGGAACAAAUUGAGGAGGUCAAGUCCCUUUGCGCCGCGAUCGAUCCUAUCCAAAAUCUGUUGCACCACUACAAGGACAAGACGUUCGCAAAAGCAACCGCGGAGUCCAUCACCACAGUCACAAAGGGGACCAGGGUGCGGUUCAAGGGAACGCCACAUGAAGACCCGUCGGCAGUCUCACGAUAUGCCUAUGCGCCGAUUCGCCGCAACCCCCCUCUCGUCCACCAACCCGGGGUCGCCUCCACCGGACCUCUGCCCUCUCUUUCGAGUCUCUCGACCGUUCAAGAUCCUGAACUCCGACGUGACCACGCCAAGGCUCGACGACGUCAAGCCGAGCAGCCGGCCCGCAUGGUCUCGACGCACAAGCUCGCCGUGCAAGGAACCGUCAGGGCGUCGGACUACCGCUUGGUCGAUCCCGAAUUCGGGGACAGCGCAGAACAGCGCACUCGCAAGUCCAAUAAUUCAAAGUCGAUCGAAAGGAACAAGGCGACCACGGCGGCCGAAGUACGUGCCCUGUUCUCGAAGCAAUCGGACUCGGGCAGCAGCGGCGGCGGCGGCGGAAAAUCUCCUGGCGGAGUUAUCUACAGGAUGUCAACAAUGACGGGUACGCUCGACGAUCUGGUCCGAGAAUCCAUGGUGUCCGGAGAAUUGAGGCAAGGCGCACAUCGGGUUCGAAGACCCCCGGCAAGGACGGCACGUCAGGCUGAGGCAAGUGCACCACCGGCGGCAACUCGAAACCGAGCAAGCUCGCUCGGGCUGAUGGACGUGGACUCGGAUGCGGCUUUGGUCGUCGACGAAUCCGAUUCGCGCAGCUACAGCAUUGCAGCAAUGGAGAUUGAUAGGUGA